AUGAGAGAUAAUAAUAUAACCAAUGAAAAUUAGGUUAAUUUAUCUGAUUAUAGCUCUUAUGGUACUAAUUAUGAGAAGUCUAUAAUGUAGUAUUAAUUUAAAAUACUUUAGAUGUAAUAGUAGAACUAAAUUUUAGGAGACUAAUCACAGUCGCUAAUGCAGUUUCCCUCAUAAAUAAUUAAUAAUCUGGAAAUAAUUUAGCAUAAUAGUAUCUAAAAUGAUUAUAAAAGUGAUGUUUGUAAUUUAUAGAGUGACGAGUAAAAAAAUGUUGGAACAGAUCACUCUUUUUCGAAUAAUUAGUAGGACUUAUUAUUUAAGUAAAGUGAGUAAAGCUAAAAGUGUCAUGAUACAAAUUAUGAUAUAUUUAAAGAUGUUUCUAAAACAAAUGGAUAGGAUUCUUACUAAACAAAGCAAAAUUUAAUGCAACCAAAUUUGAAAGAAAUAUAGUGCAGCUUACCUUCUCAAAAUUUUAAAAACACUAUUAAGAAUAAAAAUGCUUAAAAUAGAACUUUUAAUUCUGGAAGUUCUUUUGAUAUAAAGGAAUAAAAUAAGGCAAAUUCAAAAUGUAUGGAGAAAAAAGUGGCUUUAAAUACUUGCAUUGGUGUCAAAUAUGAAAAGGAUAGCAUUUCAAAGUUCUUUGUUUUUUAGACCUUAGAAUUUGAGAGAAGUUUAAAUUAGACUAAUAAAUGA